AUGUCGCUCGCUGCACGAGUCUUCCUGUCUUCUUCACGAGAAUGCAGUGAAUACGUAACUGGGUCUCCUGGAAGAGAAGUCGUGUUGCAUGGUUACCUUGGUCCACGUUCCGACUUGUCCAAAAAGCUAUCCUUUGUGACUCUUUUCGAUACAGCGUAUAAAAAACGAGUCCAGAUCGUUGCAACCCCGUAUUUUCCGAGAGAAGGAGAUCAAGACGUUCAUGAGAAGCUGAAGUCCAUAAAGGCAAAUACGCCAGUGGCUCUCAGGGGCUUCUUUGGGCCCAAACCGGGAAACCGCCAAUCCCCAUCAAGCAAAUCAACAUGGACACUUGAUGAUUUUGAACUCAAAUUGUGCGAUAUAACAAGUCUCAAUGACUUACCAUCCGAUUUUAUUGUGACGCCUGAUUCCGAGUUCUCCCCCGAGCAGCGCCACCUCCAGAUCAGGACGAAUCAGCACAUUUCUGGCGCUCUCGGUCUUCGUGGCGAUAUUGCAUACCUCUGUAGAGAAAUAUUCCAUUCGAAGCUUGGGUUUCUUGAGGUGGAAACACCACUUCUAUUCAAAUCCACUUCUGAGGGUGCACGAGAAUUCAUCGUACCUACAAGGAGGAAAGGAUUGGCAUAUGCAUUACCCCAGAGUCCUCAGCAAUUCAAGCAGAUCCUCAUGGCGAGUGGGAUUCGAGAGUAUUUCCAAUUUGCUCGAUGCUUUCGUGACGAGGACUUACGGGCUGAUCGGCAGCCUGAAUUUACUCAGUUGGAUAUAGAGAAAUCCUUCGCGGAAGCGGAUGAUGUGAUAGCAGUCGUCGAAGAACUCAUACGCACGGUUUGGAAACGCUUCCUAGAUGUUGAGCUUCCGAAACCCUUCCCUCGCAUGACCUAUACACAAGCGAUGUCGAGGUACGGUUCAGACAAGCCCGACUUGCGCAUUCCGAUACAGCCAUUUUCCAGAAUCGACCAUCUCUUACCAGCCGAUCUGGUUGGCAAGAUAACGUCCUUGAUGAAACCUAUAGUCGAGGUAAUGAUAAUUCCAGGUGAAGGCCCGACAGAGACUAUCCGUGGUUUCAUUCGUGGCUUCCUCGACUCCCCAGAUAACAAACAAUUCCUUGACAAUCCUGCAGGGGGUCCUGGCAUCUUCAUCUACGACUCCGGCAAGCCCCUUCAGGGCCUGUCUGCCUUUGGCUUCGAAGCUGUCGAAGAACUAGAGAGGAUGUUUGGCCUGCAGGAUGGCUGUAUAGUCAUUCUACAAGCUCGCGAGAAUGCUCCACUGAGUGGUGGAUCUACAGCGCUAGGCGAUAUGCGCAACGCAAUCUACAAAGCUCUCACCACCCUUUCACCACCCGGCUGGAAGGACUUCAGUCCAGUCUGGAUCACCGACUUCCCACUUUUCUCACCUUCCAACUCCUCUGAACCUGGCCAAGGUGGUAACGCUGGUCUGGCAUCUACCCAUCACCCCUUUACCUCACCGAAAACGGCCAGGGACGUGGAUCUGCUGCUAACAGACCCUUCCCAAGUUAUUGGAGACCAUUACGACCUGGUAAUCAACGGAGAAGAGAUUGGUGGAGGCAGCCGACGUAUCCAUCAUGCCGAAAUGCAGGAGUUCGUCAUGCGUGAUAUCCUCAAGAUGGACAACGAGCGUGUUGCGGAAUUCUCCCAUCUGCUGGAAGCUCUCAGGUCGGGCUGUCCGCCUCAUGCUGGGAUUGCACUAGGGUUUGACAGGCUGGUCGCUAUGAUCCAUGCCAGUAGGACGGAGAAGAAGACUACUCUCAGGGAUGUGAUCGCUUUUCCCAAAAGCGGCAAGGGGGAUGAUCUCAUGGUGAAGAGUCCAGGUCCAAUGACUGAAGAUGAUCUUCAAACUUAUCAUCUGAAGCUGCGAGAGUAG